AUGAACAAACCAAAUGCACGAGGUUCUGAUCGAGAAAAGUUAGCAAGUUCAAAAGGAAAAUUUGCUCAAUACCUUACCGGAAUCUUAGAGGUGUAUUUCUCUUACCAUUGUGACGCAUACAACACCAAUGGAGUUUACCUUCAUGACCCUACAGCGUUGCUUGCAGCCGUUGAUCCUUCACUCGUAACUUGCACAGAAGGUGCUGUUAGAGUCCAAACCAGUGGCAUAACAAGGGGACUUACAAUUCUCUACAAUAAACAGAAAAGGGCGGACUAUAACCCGGAUCAGUAUUUGUGGGAAAAGGAAUUCUCCCUCGCUGGUAGGACGUACCAAAGGCAGGAUUUGGAGGGUUCAUGCGGCUCAUGUUGGGCGUUUAGCACAACCGGAGCUUUAGAAGGAGCACACUAUCUGGCUACUGGGAAACUAGUUAGCCUUAGCGAACAACAGCUUGUGGAUUGCGAUCACGUGUGUGAUCCAGAGCAAGCUGGAUCAUGUGACUCGGGCUGUAAUGGUGGAUUGAUGAACAAUGCAUUUGAAUAUUUACUCCAGUCUGGGGGAGUAGUGCAAGAAAAGGACUAUGCUUACACAGGAAGAGAUGGCUCCUGCAAAUUUGACAAAAGCAAAGUUGUUGCUUCCGUGUCUAAUUUCAGCGUGGUUUCCUUAGACGAAGAACAAAUUGCUGCAAAUCUAGUAAAGAAUGGCCCUCUUGCAGUUGGUAUUAAUGCAGCCUGGAUGCAGACAUACAUGAGUGGCGUUUCAUGCCCAUACGUAUGUGCAAAAUCACGUUUGGAUCAUGGUGUUCUUCUAGUCGGUUUUGGAAAAGGUGCUUAUGCUCCCAUUCGAUUGAAGGAAAAGCUUGUUGGAUCAUGA